CUAGUCACUGCAGUGUCUGACGCUUCUAGAGUACGGUGUAAGCACUUUUUUGUUAUAAACUUAAUUACAGCUCAGCUUAUUUUAUUUUCCAAGACUCGACCUGUCAAAUUAUGCAAUGUUAUUAGGUUUGUCAUGUCUACGUUGCUGUACAAAACCCUUAGCGAUGACUACGUCACCAGUAAAAACAAAUACUGGGGCAGUGAGGUAGACCUAAAAAUGGAGAAAGAUGCGAUCGUGUUUGGCUCCAUGAAGGUAGCCACGAACUCUCGUACUCCGUACACGGAUGCUACACGCUGUAAGAAAACAGCCAACCAUAUCAAACGGCCCAUGAACGCGUUCAUGGUGUGGAGCCAGAUCGAACGCCGUAAAAUCUGCGAAAAACAACCCGACAUGCAUAACGCAGAAAUUAGCAAGCGGCUAGGAAGACGAUGGAAGCUGCUGGCUGACAAAGAACGGCAGCCGUUUAUCGAGGAAGCAGAACGACUACGUAUACUUCACAUGCAAGAGUAUCCCGGCUAUAAAUACAGACCUAGGAAAAAAGUGAAAGCGACUCCAAAGCCUGAGAAGAAACACAAGUCAUUUGGAGACAAGGGUGGCAGAAAAUCUAAACAGUCGAGGUUUUACGUCUGUAAUAACGUAAGCACAUCAACAUCAGUUUCCGCUUGCUCAGUUAAUCAGAAGAGGCUUAAACUGAAACUUACUAUUGACAGGAAAUUUAAAGAAAGCAUUAGGAAGAGUAAGGAAAUUCCCUUGUCCGUAAAUCAGCUAACACCUCCGGCCAAAGUACCAUGUUCACCGUCCAGGGAUGAGCCUUCUUCACCGGAAGGUUCUAACGUUAGUCUUUACGAAGAUGGGCGAGUUACAUUUGACAAAAACCAUUUAGUUUUAACAACGGUUAAGACCGAACCUGUUGACAUCUCGGUGUGUCCAGUCGAUGUGGACACGCUGACCCAAGUGCUAUCAGUACCCUCUCCGUGGGAUCGAGAACUGACCACUUCGAAUAUCUCUCCUCUGACAGACUUUAAUGCUUUGGAUACUCAUAGUUCCAGUUCAGGUUCCCACUUCGAAUUUCCGGAUUACCCUACUUCCGAAGUGACUGACAUCCUGGGGGAAGACUGGCUUGACACGAGUUUUGCGUCUUUUAUUUAAGUGGUAAGCUUAGUGGUGCAAUCGAACAUUAGUUAAAUAAUCUACGCUUUGAAAACACGAGCAAUUUAUAUCCAAGGAACGAGAGCUUAUCUCACGACCGCGUGGCCUCAGGAAAGACCCACAAAUUAUUGAAAUAUAUUAAGACAAUAAUACGUAUCUUUUGUUAGUUACCAGUGAAAAAAAGAAAAUUAUCAUUAUCGGAUAAACUUUCACACGAUCUCGUUUAUUUAGCACAAUUGAAUGGUUUAUCAACGAAACAAUGCAUUUGAGUGAAAAAACUUUCACAAUAAAUACGUGAUAGAAAUGUAUUUUAUUUUUGGAAACAUCCUUUGUAUAUUUGCAUGUUAAGUUUUUGGUACUUGAAGCGAAGUUUUAAAAUGGUUGCUGUAAAUUAUUCUCUGUCUAUUAAUUUCAUUGUAGUGUCUGUGUUACAAGCACACAUUCAAGGUAGUCAGUAGUGUAUUAAAUACCUGUAAAUAUUGUUUCA